GAAGCCUGUUGUCUUAUUUGGCACAGUGUUCGUACGUUAAAAGCUCCUACGUGUAGUUUAGAGCGUGGUUUCAGGAGACCAGGGAUAGCGUUCCGCGUACUCGAAUCGUUUGCCCUAGCGGUGCGAGGUGAUAAAAGGACGUGAGAAGAGUUAGUCGAGGAGAUAAGAGUGGUAUUGGUUGUAGGAAGGAUUUGAGUGUGACCAACUUGAUUUCGUGUGCUAUUACGGGUAUGAGGGUUGAUGUCACUUCCCGGUCGCCCACACCGUGGAUGGGUAUUUCUUGAGGAACCUAAAAAGGAAGUUGGAUUAAUGUUGGCCUGCGUGACUGCGGAGCCCACGGGACAACUGCUUGAGGCCGGUCGCGCACGGCCUAUUCGUGAGAGGUUUUUAAUGUGUUAACUCCGUUCUUCAAAGGGCCUUACCGCCGGAGACGGAAAUACGUGAGGUAAGGUGAGAUGUGACAUUUUUAGGAUCAACCUUUUGUAACCCCUUCCUUCCUUAUGAGAAGGCAGCAUCGCUGCAGAUGCUGGUUGUCCGAGAGAAACACCUUACUGCUGUCACACCCCUCUACAGUCAUCAGUAUGACUUCGCCCUCAGACCUUGAGUUGCUGCUUUUAGUCUUACCGUUCGCCAAUCGACCUGCCUGGUAUCGUAGAACCUACAGGAACAUAUGUUCCAGCCAAUAUAACUCGGUUUGGUUAUCACAAUAAGAAAGCCCGACCACCGCGUCAAUGUAGCAGCUACGGUUGGGCAAAGCGAAUAGAUUUACUAUGGUGAAACCCAUAUUCAAACUGGGUCACGUACGGAGAUGAACCGUAAUCAAUGUUCUGUGUUUACUGUUACUGGUAUUCCUAUCCCUCUCCGUGUUUAUAUGACGGGGAAAAUUGCACCGAUGCACAUGCGCCAGGUCCUACCUUGUUUACUACUAAGUGAUGAAAAAACUGGUGUAGUUACUACUUGCUACUUGAUAAUUUUAACUGUUUUUCACGCAGGUAACAAGCUAUGAGAUAUGCCAACUGAAUUACUGAUUGAUUAUUAAGGAUGUGCAUUAAAUAAAGAAAAUCGUCUUGGGACUUGGAUUUACACUAUUGUUUACUUGAGUUAUCUGCAUGUGUCCACUCUUCGACUGGACGUAUCUUAAAUUAGUCACGGACGUAGGAUGUCUUACCCUGUUGUUAUUUUUGCUGUCCUUAGAUUGACUCCCUCAUAAUAUUUGAGAUUUUGAGAAACUCGAUGACAUUAGGACUCUAUAAACUGUAUUGCAUUCUAUCGAAUGCAACACGAGCACUAGAGAAAGUGGUAUGAUAAGAAAGAAUAUAAGAUAUCCCUACAUUAUAGGGAAGUAGACAUUCGAAAAAGAAAUCACUGACAUCAACCACCUCGGGAUUACAUUUGUAGUAGAUAAUUAGAUGUAAAGUAACAAGAGCUUUAGAAGUAUAUUAUUGUGAUUGAUUGUUGGUGAUUGACUAACGUAUUCCCGAAGUAGCCCACUGCAUUAAUGUAAAACGGAUAGUUUUAUUGAAGUCUGUCUAGCUAUGUAUCCCACCUAACCAUCAUAUCAGGAUACACUCUACAGUUUCUUUAGCCAUACAGAGUGUAUUCUCAGCUUAUAUUACCAAGGUGUUUUGAUGCCACGUUCGAUCGUUUUUAUCUAUUAUCUAUAACCACCGUAUUGAACAUGAACGCACUUCGCAUUUAUGGAAACAAUAAUAUCUCCUCUUAUUCUUUCCAGGUUUUUGUGCUGAGUAGCUUCACCAUAUCAACUUGAAUCUCCCCCCCAUCAAUUGCUUUCCUACUGACUAGGUGAAAAAAUAAAUAACUGAAAAUUGCAAUUUCUUAAUGGGUGUUACAUCCUUUCUGUAGUCUACCUCAAGCAGGCUAUGUCAACUCCAAUGUCUAGUCUAAACAGUUUAUUUUCAUUCACAUCUCCUGCUGUAAAAAGACUUCUUGGUUGGAAACAAGGAGACGAAGAGGAAAAAUGGGCUGAAAAAGCGGUUGAUUCACUUGUAAAAAAGCUUAAAAAGAAAAAGGGUGCACUUGAAGCUCUAGAGCGAGCUUUGAGUAAUCCCGGUGAACCUUCAGAAUGUGUUACUAUUCCCCGAUCCCUCGAUGGUCGACUUCAAGUUUCUCAUAGGAAAGGGUUACCUCAUGUAAUCUACUGUCGAGUGUGGAGGUGGCCAGACUUACAAAGCCAUCAUGAGUUGAAACCCCUUGAUUUCUGCCGUUUUCCAUUCUCAGCUAAAGAAAAUGAGGUUUGUAUUAACCCUUAUCAUUAUCAGCGAGUUGAAAGUCCAGUUUUGCCUCCAGUCCUUGUUCCUCGGCAUAGUGAAUACCCUAGUCUUAGCACUGUAACUCCAUCACCGGGUUUAUCACACUGUGGAAGCAGUGGAAUAUCUAGUUCCCGUUCAGCAUCUAAUCUGGGAAUGUUCCCGAUGACAGACUCAGCAAUGCCUUACAAUGUAAAUUAUCCACACAACUUCAGUCAUUCUCCGUCUCUUCCUCCCGGAAAUAGUGGAACUUCUACAGACAGUGCAGUUGCUGGACCUAUCCAUUCACUUAAUAGUUCAAAUCUUCAAUCCGGUUACCAAACUCAACCCAAUCAAGAACCGGCUACCUCUGGACAAACUAUGCAUCCAGUCAAUUAUCAAGAACCGAAAUACUGGUGUUCGAUUGUUUAUUAUGAACUAAAUAAUCGUGUCGGUGAAGCAUUUAACGCUUCACAAUUAAGCAUAAUCAUUGAUGGUUUUACAGACCCAUCAAAUAAUUCAGAUCGUUUUUGUCUUGGUCUUUUGUCGAACGUAAACCGAAAUUCUACAAUCGAGAAUACAAGACGUCAUAUUGGAAAAGUGUGUAAAAUUCCACCUGGUUGUUCAUUGAAAAUAUUCUCAAAUCAAGAAUUUGCUCAUCUACUCAGUCGUACAGUACAUCAUGGUUUUGAAGCUGUUUAUGAAUUAACUAAAAUGUGUACAAUACGUAUGAGUUUUGUAAAAGGUUGGGGUGCUGAAUAUCAUCGACAAGAUGUUACAUCUACUCCAUGUUGGGUUGAAAUCCAUUUGAAUGGUCCAUUACAAUGGCUCGAUCGUGUACUUACACAAAUGGGUACACCAAGAAAUCCGAUUUCAUCGGUUUCAUAAAUCUCAUAUUGUUAAACACUUUAUCGUUCUCUUAAUGGAUAUUGAUUCUGGGACAAAAGAUGAAUAACAUAUGAUGUAUACAUGUCUAGGAUUCCCAUAGGAAAAGAAUACAUUGUUCUUCUUUCUUAUUUUAUUUCUGCAUUAAGAUCAUAAAUAGCCUCACUUAUACUAUCAGUAUUAACAAAUCAUUAUUACAACCUAAAAUUCAUUUCAUAAGAUAGAGCUUCUUAUCAACAUGAAGCACACGAGAAGAACAUGAAAAUAGUGAGUAAAAUAACCGCGCCAUUCUCGUUUCUACUAUUUAUUUGUAUUUCUGCAUAUAUCUUCUUACUAUUUACAAUAGUUAUUGAUAUUUUGUGUGUGUUCGUACAGCGCCUCCUGAAAAUGCUAAUCACAUUGUUAUGUUUAUUGUUAAUCAUUGGGGUCUUUCUCUUUUCUUCAUCGUUCCUUUUGUCAUUAUUGUUUUCAUUGUUGUGUGGACAUUUCAAGUCUACUUUUUCAAUUAUUAUCUUGAUGUAGGUAGACGACAGUGUGAAGUGUUUUGAAAUCACUGUAAUAUAAAACAUAACUGUCGCAUUUUUGUAUUAUUUUCACGCUCAUCUCUGGAGGUAUAUAUAUAUAUAUAUAUAUAUAUAUAUAUAUGUGCCUUAACUUUUUUUAUUAACAUUAGACGGACUGCAUAUAUGCGUUCACGCGUAUAGUUGAUUCCUUUUUUUUAAAAAAAACUUCAUAUGUAUAUAUUAACAUACAAGUAAAUCUUUUGUUCUUCGAAUGUGUCACAUAGUGCUUUGAAUUUCAUCAGUUUUUUCUCUGCAUUUAUUUAUCAUAUCAUUUUAAUAAUUAAGUACAGGAAGUAGUAAAUUUUAUCACGAUCCAGUUGUGCAAUUUUUAUCUAUAAUGUUGUCCUUUAUUCGGAGGAACUUUCCACUCGUAAUUGAUUUUAAUAUGAAAAUCUUAAUAAGUGACUAAUUUAUUUACUAAUCUGUUCCCAGUGUCUAUAUCAUUUUUGUUUCAUUGUAUUGUAGGUAACAUUCGAUUUAAAAAUGAAUAAAAUUAAUCAUCAGUAAAUAUUUACUACUUUUUCAUUCAAAGACUUGAUAAUACUUAAUAAUUAUAUAACGAGCGCCUUUUUGUUUUAUUAAUCAGUCAAAUAGAUGUACUAUUUUCUACAUUUAUCUCAUAAAAUCUUUUUCUUACUUUGUCCCUCUUAUAUUGUUUUCUUUUCUUAAUUAUGGCAGCUUCGUUAUGAAAGACAAGUAGAUUCAUUCUUAUUUGUCUGAAUUUGUCUGCACAUUUAAUUAUUAAUUGUGUUCGACGUUUUGUCAGUUUUCAUCUUACACUCCCUCUCCGCCUGUCAUGUAAAAUUUUUAUACAAAAUAGACGACCAUCUUUAUAAUUCAUCGUUUUUUUUUUUACAAAAUACUGUCUCAGUUGACCUCGGAUAUGAAGAAAAUCGUAUGAGUUCAUUGUUGACUUCUCUGUUACUCUUAGUUUGCCUGUUUAAUAUAAAAAUAGUGCUACCUUAUAAUUUGCAGUGUAGAAUAUUAAAUAAAUUAGCUAGUUAUUUUCAUCUGAUUUUGAUUUAUAAAAGUUAACUGAAUUAAUAUUCGCCGUUCAUCAUUGAAUCUAUUUAUUGAGUUGGUUUUGAAUUAAUACUACUACUUCCAUGAAAAGUAUAUAGUUAACUACUAAUGCGGUUUGUGUUCAGUAUCAAUGUGUUAUGUGAAUAGUAACAUUUAAUAAAGUAAUCAAUAGCCAAUAAAUUUAAUCAUAGUUAUGUUAAAUUUUGCUUAUCUUAUCGACGGCGUGAAAUAAAAAGGGUAGUUCCUGAUAACACAAGUGGAUUAACAGCUAGGGGUAGACAGAUGAAUAUAUAGUGAAAAUUCCCAUUUUGCCAUUUGGUA